AUGGGGGGCAUCAACACAGCCGAGCCGAUCGUCUACGACUCCAGCUUCACCGGCCAGUGCUGCUUCGGGGGCGUCAACAUUGCCGAGCCGAGCGUCCGCGACCUCAGCUGCCCUGGCCAGUGCUGCUUCGAGGACACGCCGUGCGGGUACGGCAACGCUGGCUGCGAUGAGCGGGUGGAAAGCACCAACAUCACCGAACCGAUCGUCGACGUCUCCAGCUGCCCCGGCCAGCUGCCGAGGGUAUCAACACCGACGCGCCGAUCGUCUACGUAUCCUGCUGACCUGGCGCGCGUGCCGCCUCGCGGGCAUCACAGGCGCAUGUCGAUCGUCUACGUCUCCUGCUGUCCCAGCCAGCGCCUGGUUGCGCAUCGACACGCCGUGCCAAUCGUCUUCGACUCCAGCUGCCCCGGACGGUGCUGCUUCAAGGGCAUCAACACCGCCGCGCCGAUCAUCUACGUCUCCAUCUGCCACGGCCAGCGCCGCUUCGAGGGCAUCACCACUGCCGCGCCGAUCGUUUACUACUCCAGCUGCCCUGGCCAGUGCCUUCGUGGGCAACAACGUCGCCGAGCCGAUCGUCUACGAUGCCAGCCGCACUGGCCAGUGCUUCUUCGAGGGCAUCAAUACCGACGAGCUGGCCGUCUACGAUUCCAGCUCCCCCAGCCAGUGUUGCUUUGA